CCUACAUUAUCGUCGACUGGUUCGUGUUCGUAAUAGCAAGAAUCGGCCAUCAGUUGAAAAUUUUUCCUUGUACUUUCGGAACAACAAAGGACGAAACAAAUCCGCUCCCAACCGAUUUCAGUUAAACAAAGUUACAAAAGCAGCAAAGCAAGCACAUAAACACAUUAAACGCACGCGCCGCCGCCGCAGUCGCAGUCGACGCUCCCCCCCUGCAGGCUGCAAAAAUAAAAAGGGUGGCAGCACCUUGUGGACCAACAGCAACAACACCAACAACAACAAACAUCAAUCAUCAAUAACAUCAUCAGCCGCUUCAGUCAACGGAACAGCGAACGUGGGAUAAAGCAAACAAUUUGAAUUGCAGAUCGGUCAACUCUCUCACUCCUUGGAGCCGACUGACGAGAGGCAGACACGAGACAGAGACAGAGAAUGUCUGCGGCACGUUUACCGUAUUAUCAGCAGCAGCAGCAGCAGCAGACGUCGGAUAAUCAACAGCAGCAGCAACAGCAGCGACGUCGAUUUGGUGGCUACAACAGACGCCACAGUCGCAGUCGUUCCAUUGAGCGUCGACGUCACAGUCGCAGCCGUAGUCGCAGUCGUUCCACGGAGCGUCAGCGCCGGCGUCGUCAUCAGCAGCAGCAGCAGCAGCAGCGGCAUCACAGGGAUUCACGUGAUCGCUCUUGGGAGAGGGAGCGGGAGAGAGAGAGGGAUCGUGAGCGUGACAGAGACAGGGAUUACACAAGACGCAGCAGUUAUUAUCAGCGAGAUUCGCGCAGUCGCAGUCGCAGUCCACGUUCAGCAUCUCCGCCAUGCUCCUCAUCCUCCACCACGUCGCGUCGCCAACCACCACAUGGCAACAACAACAACAACAAACACAACAUUCGAAUUCCAAGUGAAUCGAAAACAUUGAAUGCGGCUAGCGGUAAAGAUAAUGCCAUGUCCGCUGUGGGCGCCUAUUACAAUCUGGACACCGAUGAGCCCUUCGACAAGGAGCGCAUCCAUCGCGAGAUUGAGGAAAAACUGCGCGAGACGCUGGCACGCGAGGGCAAAGUGUAUCCGCCGCCCAAGGUGGAAGCCUCGCAUCCCGUCUUCGCCAACGAUGGCUCAUUCAUGGAGUUGUUUAAGAAAAUGCAAGAGGGGCAACAGCAGCGACCACAGCAAUCACAACAACCACAACUGGAGCCGGCAAACGCGGCUGCAGCCACUGCCGCGGCCGCUGUCGCAGCCGCAGCCAGCGCCACUGCGUUGAGAGCGCAGCAAUUGUUGCAGCAGCAGCAGCAACUGCUACUGCAGGAUAACCACAGUGCGUCCAUCCAAUCCAUCAGUCCAUUUGGCUCACUGCCAGCCAUCGCUGUGGGAGCAGCGAGCAGUGCAUCAGCUCCAUAUAUAGCCGCCGCGGCAGCGGGCAAAUCGGCGCCACCGCCGCCCAUGGUGGGACGACGUCGGGGCGGUAAGAUACUGAAGACCGGUGUGGUUGCCAAGCUGAAGACGCCAAAUGAACGGGAUGUGGAUCCCAAGGAUUUCUGGUCACUGUAUUUGGCCGAAGUGAAUAAAUACAAGAGCAAUGCCUGCGAUACGGAUAAUGGCAAGCGUCCCUUGGUCAAGUAGAA